AUGAACCAGGUUCACGGUGACCGCACGGCCGCUCGCGGGAGUCCCGACCCAGCGGCCUGUUGGCAUCUCGCGCAUUGGACGUCGACCACACCUACCCAACUUUUGUCAGGCGGCACUCGAAUGAUCUCUCCUGUGCCCAUAGCUUCAUUGGCUGCCCUCCGCCCCUCGUCUCGAGUCCCAUUUGGCCCCCGACGGCCCCCUCGUGGCUUGCCACCUCCUCCCACUUCAUUCGGUAAAGCCCCAUUACGAACGGUUGUUUUGUGGCUCAAAUAG